UAAAGAGUGAAACAUUCCUGAUUCUGAUUCCUACUGCGAAGUGACUUUGAACUGCAGAGGGCAGCAUUUCACCUCUCAGCGUACAGCAUGUCAGACAUAUUUUUAUUAUUAGAUGAAGGAGAAGACACCCGCUGACAUAAGAGCAGCCAUGUCCAAAGGAUUAGCCGUUGGUAUCGAUCUUGGAACCACCUACUCCUGUGUUGGAGUGUUCCAGCAUGGCAAAGUUGAAAUCAUUGCCAACGACCAGGGCAACAGGACCACACCCAGCUACGUGGCCUUCACGGACACAGAGAGGCUGAUUGGGGAUGCGGCCAAGAAUCAGGUUGCCAUGAACCCCACCAACACAGUCUUUGAUGCCAAGCGUUUGAUUGGCAGACGAUUCGAGGAUCCGGUGGUUCAGUCCGACAUGAAGCACUGGCCAUUCAACGUCGUCAGUGAUAGCGGACGGCCCAAAGUGGAGGUUGAAUACAAAGGUGAAACCAAAACCUUCUACCCAGAGGAGGUCUCUUCCAUGGUGCUGACGAAGAUGAAGGAGAUCGCUGAAGCCUACCUUGGGAAGGCCGUGUCAAAUGCCGUUAUUACAGUACCUGCAUACUUUAAUGACUCUCAGCGUCAAGCGACCAAAGACGCUGGAACAAUCUCGGGUCUGAAUGUCUUGAGAAUCAUUAAUGAGCCCACUGCAGCUGCUAUUGCUUAUGGUUUGGACAAGAAGGUUGGCGCAGAGAGGAACGUCCUCAUCUUUGAUCUUGGUGGUGGAACCUUCGAUGUGUCCAUCCUGACCAUCGAGGAUGGCAUCUUUGAGGUCAAAUCCACUGCUGGAGAUACUCAUCUUGGGGGUGAAGACUUUGACAACCGUAUGGUGAACCACUUCAUCGCAGAGUUCAAGCGCAAGUACAAGAAGGACAUCAGCGACAACAAGAGAGCUGUCCGUCGCCUGCGCACAGCUUGUGAAAGGGCAAAGCGCACACUGUCUUCCAGCACCCAGGCCAGCAUUGAAAUCGACUCCCUGUAUGAGGGAGUUGACUUCUACACCUCCAUCACCAGGGCUCGCUUUGAGGAGCUCAACGCAGACCUCUUCCGUGGCACCUUGGACCCUGUAGAGAAGUCCCUCCGUGACGCUAAGAUGGAUAAGGCGCAGAUUCAUGACAUUGUGCUGGUCGGUGGCUCCACUCGUAUCCCCAAGAUCCAGAAGCUUCUCCAGGACUUCUUCAAUGGAAAGGAACUCAACAAGAGCAUCAAUCCAGAUGAAGCUGUGGCCUAUGGAGCUGCUGUCCAGGCUGCCAUCUUGUGCGGUGACAAGUCUGAGAAUGUGCAGGACCUGCUGCUUCUGGAUGUCACCCCUCUGUCCCUGGGCAUUGAGACCGCUGGAGGUGUCAUGACUAUCCUGAUCAAACGUAACACAACCAUUCCCACAAAGCAGACCCAGACCUUCACCACCUACUCUGACAACCAGCCUGGUGUACUCAUCCAGGUGUAUGAGGGUGAGCGUGCAAUGACUAAAGACAACAACUUGCUGGGUAAGUUUGAGCUGACCGGAAUCCCUCCUGCUCCCCGUGGUGUUCCUCAGAUUGAGGUGACAUUCGAUAUCGAUGCCAACGGCAUCAUGAAUGUUUCUGCUGCUGACAAGAGCACUGGAAAGGAGAACAAGAUCACCAUCACUAAUGACAAAGGUCGCCUCAGCAAGGAUGACAUCGAACGCAUGGUCCAGGAAGCGGAGCAAUACAAGGCAGAGGACGACCUCCAGCGUGACAAGGUGUCCGCGAAGAACGGCCUGGAGUCGUACGCCUUCAACAUGAAGUCCACGGUGGAGGACGAGAAACUGGCUGGCAAGAUCAGCGACGACGACAAGCAGACGAUCACAAACAAGUGCAAUGAGGUCAUCAGCUGGCUUGAUAAGAACCAGACCGCAGAGAAGGAGGAAUAUGAACAUCAACAACAGGAGUUGGAGAAGGUGUGCAACCCCAUCAUCACCAAGCUGUACCAGAGUACUGGAGGAAUGCCUGGUGGGAUGCCUGGUGGGAUGCCUGGUGGGAUGCCUGGUGGCAUGCCAGGCGUCUUCCCCGGAGGAGGAGGAGGUGCUUCUACCGGCGCAGGAUCCACUGGUCCAACCAUUGAGGAAGUCGAUUAA